UCUGGUGAAACUUCUUGGAGAUAAGCUCAAUAUGGAAUUCCAAAACCUAGAGUCCCAAGGACAUCUUCUUACGGAUUUCUACCAGAUCUCCUUAGCAAUGAUGGCACUCUGCAUUGAAAAGCAACCUGUCCGUACUGCAUAUGUGGAGAAAAUCUACGACAGGGUUAUGGGUCGCAAAGAUCAGUUUGGAGAACCUUUCCUUAUUGAUACAGCCUCUAUGACCGUCCUUGCUCUCUCCUGCAUACACAAUGGCAAUAACCUUGCUACCAUGGAAAGACGCCACAUUGAACAAGCCAUCAUGCUCUUGCUGCGUCAGCUCCUAAGUUACCAGCAGAUGGAUGGUACCUUUGGGACUAUCUACAAUACUGGCCUUGCUGUUCAGGCUUUCGUUGAACAGGCAAAACUGGAAUUUACUCUCUUCCAUUGCUCAAAAAAUUUGCAACUCUUGGUCAGUGAGAUCUAUAAAGGAUCAUUUAACACAGUGCAGAAAGCUUUCCCAGUACUCCUGGCUUUGGAGGGGAAACCACUGUUGCACGUUGGAGACCCCAGUUGUCGUUCACGUCGGGAUAAUCUGCCCAAAGGUGAAAAUGAGAAGUGAAACGAGGACCAAGCGAUGAAGACCAAGAUGCUGUUUUCGUCCAUUACAUAGAAUGGAUACCUUGCAGUUAUAUAGUUGGACCAUAGAACAGCAUUUGAUUACUAUGCCAUGUCAGAAUCAUUAAACCAAUAACCCCCGUUAAUCUCUCUUCCUCUGGACCCUGACCAAUGAUCAAUAUGCCUGAAACAGUCCUUAACGCUGUUGACUCAUAAACACGCCUAUGCUCUGUGCCUCACCUCCACCCCGAUAGUGUUUUGCAGAGAUCCACCACUGCGUGUAUGUUAAAUCAAUAAAGUCUCUUGCAUCUAUUUUGUAUUUAUCCCGUCUUGCCUUAAAUAAAUGCUCUCUUAUACUGGACAUUACA